CAUGCUUAAUAUGAGAGGUAAAGAGAUUCUAGUGGUCUUGUGCUGGUUGUUGGGAGUCAUUGCAACGAUGUCGUUUGGUGUUGAUGUAACGUACGAUCAUCGAGCGGUGGUGAUUGAUGGCAAGCGUAGGGUCCUCAUCUCCGGCUCCAUUCAUUACCCUCGCAGCACUCCUGAGAUGUGGCCGGACCUUAUACAGAAAUCAAAGGAUGGAGGAUUGGACGUCAUCGAGACAUAUGUUUUUUGGGACUUACAUGAACCAGUUCAAUACCAGUAUAAUUUCGAAGGAAGAUAUGAUUUAGUUAAGUUCGUGAAGUUGGUAGCAGAAGCUGGUCUUUAUGUUCAUCUGCGCAUAGGUCCAUAUGUCUGUGCUGAAUGGAACUAUGGAGGAUUUCCUCUUUGGUUGCAUUUUAUACCAGGAAUUGAGCUUCGAACUGAUAACGAACCAUUCAAGGCUGAAAUGCAGCGAUUUACCACCAAAAUUGUGGAUCUGAUGAAACAGGAGAACCUUUAUGCCUCACAAGGAGGACCCAUCAUUUUAUCACAGAUUGAAAAUGAGUAUGGAAACAUUGACGCGGCCUAUGGGCCUGCUGCAAAGUCCUAUAUCGAAUGGGCAGCAAGUAUGGCUGUAUCUCAGAAUACAGGAGUACCCUGGGUCAUGUGCCAGCAGUCAGAUGCUCCUGAUCCAAUGAUAAACACUUGCAAUGGGUUCUACUGUGACCAAUUCACCCCAAAUUCUGACAAGAAACCCAAAAUGUGGACAGAGGAUUGGACCGGUUGGUUUCUUUCCUUUGGCGGUGCUGUACCUUACAGACCUGUGGAAGACAUUGCAUUUGCAGUGGCGCGUUUCUUUCAGCGAGGUGGAACUUUCCAAAAUUACUACAUGUACCAUGGCGGAACUAAUUUUGGUAGGACAUCUGGUGGUCCCUUUAUUGCAACAAGUUAUGAUUAUGACGCUCCCCUUGAUGAAUAUGGGCAACUUAGACAACCCAAAUGGGGCCACCUGAAAGACCUGCAUAAGGCCAUCAAGCUAUGUGAACCAGCAAUGGUGGCCACUGAUCCAAACAUUACAUCCCUAGGUCAAAAUUUGGAGGCAGCUGUAUAUAAUUCAGGAUCAGCGUGUGCUGCCUUUCUUGCAAACAUAGAUACGACAUCAGACAUAACUGUAAAUUUCAAUGGCAAUUCUUAUCUGUUGCCUGCAUGGUCUGUGAGCAUUCUACCAGACUGCAAGAAUGUAGUUCUGAAUACUGCAAAGAUAAAUUCUGUGACUCUGGUUCCAAGCUUCACGCGUCAAUCUCUGAAAGCUUUGUCAGAGUGGAAUUAUAUAAAUGAACCUGUAGGCAUAUCAAAGGAUGCGUUUACAGUCGCCGGAUUAUUAGAACAAAUAAACACCACAGCUGACAAAAGUGACUACUUAUGGUACUCAUUAAGCGCUGUCUUCGAAGCCAAUGAGACUUUCUUUCGAGAUGGAUCUAAAACUGUUCUUCAUGUGGAAUCACUCGGUCAUGGCCUUCGUGCUUUCGUAAAUGGGAAGUUGGCAGGGAGUGGAAUAGGCAGCAGUGGCAAUGCUAAGGUGUCAGUGGAGAUGCCUGUUGAACUUGUACCUGGGAGGAACACAAUAGAUCUCCUCAGUUUUACUGUUGGACUUCAGAACUAUGGAGCUUUCUACGACAAAACAGGGGCAGGGAUCACUGGUCCUGUGCAGAUAAAAGGUUUGAAAAAUGGAACUACUAUUGAUCUUUCGUCGAAGCAGUGGACAUAUCAGACUGGACUACAAGGAGAAGCAUUAAAUCUGCCUAGUGGAAAUUCUCCACAGUGGGUUUCAAAUUCUACCUUGCCCAAGAAUCAGCCCUUGAUAUGGUACAAGUAGACUUCACCGGGAUGGGGAAGGGUGCGGCAUGGGUAAAUGGACAAAGCAUUGGGCGUUACUGGCCAACAUAUGUCGCCCCGAAUGAAGG